GAGGUAUCUGUGUCACCCUUGCCGGCUCGGCCCAUCGGCGCCACGCAUAUUUCCCCGGCGCCCAAGUUUGGGGAAGAAUCCGGUCGCGCCCGCUGGGCUGCUGCGCAACGGCGGCACGACGCGUCGCACGGCGCCUCGUGGGCCGACCUAGCUUCGGGCGCCCGCCGUUGAAGCGGGGAACGGCGCUGCGACCUGAGCCCUGGGGAAGUAGGGAAGGCCGUGGAGAGAAGGCCGGGGCCCCGAGUCCCUCGUGGUCCGUGCUGCUCCGCCGACAGAGGGGGCAUUUUUCGGGAUCGCCUCGGAGCUCGGGUUCCAGUGCUAUGCCUGCCGCGGUCCAGCCCGCUCGCUUGGUUCGGUCCCGCGCCGACGCUGCAGCUCCGCCGUAGCCGAUGCAGCUCCGGUUGAUGGUGUCUACCGCAGUAGCCCACUAUCCCACCACCAACCCCGCAUCUUCACACUGCUAACACUUCUGGCCUGAAAAGAUCCCGUUGCGCCCGCCUUGUAUCCUUUCUCGGCCCCUGCACAAGACGACCUCCUAUCGUCGGAUCAGGACCUCCCGCUGCUCGUUGUAAAACCCCUGGUUGACUCUUGGCUCCCGGCCGACGUGACCCGAGACAGGCACCCUCACCAUGGCAGCGUUCGUGGCAAAGCAGAUGAUGGGCAGCAAGCUCAAUGCCGUCAAAGGCCAGAUCGGAGGGGACGGGGAGACCUCGGAGGACAAAGAAGCCGAGGCAGAAGCGGAGCAGGAGCGGCUCGAGGCGCUACGGGAAGCCGAGGAAAGACGGAAGGAGAAGCACCGGCGGAUGGAGGAGGAACGAGAAAAGAUGAGGCAGCAGAUUCGAGACAAGUACGGUAUUAAGAAGAAAGAGGAGGAGAAGCCUGCUGAAGUGGAUGAUUUUGCCGCUGGCAGUCUCAAUCGGCGAAAAAAGACACCCGAAGAGAUCGCCGCGGAAAACGAGGCAGCAGAACAGGACGACCUCACAAGGUUGAGGAACACCAUCGAGACCCAAGUGAACGAGUUGAAAUCGAGCAUCGAAGGCAAGUGCGUCCUGCAGUGAGGGUCCAGCUAUGCAAGCACGGCGUAGAGCUGCGCCGCCUCCGCAGGAAAGACGACAACCACAAGACCCGACGCAAAGCUGACAUUGGGGCCGCGAAACGCUCUCCGGGGCCUCUCCCCGGCCGCUGCUCGGCCCCACGGCCGAAACUCUGCAAGACCGACACUUCCGCGAACUGACUGCCGUUUAAGCGUGCCUCGCAGACCCAUAUUGCUCUAGUAUACUCUAUUUUUCGAGUCAUGUAGCCGACUUGCGAGAGCGUCCAAAGACGGAACUUGUCUCUUCCUCGGCGCUGUUCUCGCUGCUUCGGGGGCUCUGGGGGCCGUGGGGCCUCACACACUCGUCCCCGUCGGCCGAAACAGCGCUCAUCCGCAAAACGCCAAGCGCUUACCUCACUGGCGCCGUCGCGAAAGAAGGGAUUGCUCAGCACGGUGCCGCCAGAGGUGCCGGGAUGCCCGCGCUGCCCCCAGAGCCCCCGACGAUUGGUCCUACCAGGGGCCGUUGUUGCUGCUCCCACUGCUGUUUCGUGAGGAAUAAAAGUGCGGCCGCUCAAGAAGCAGCGGAGCGCGCCACGAAGUGUCCCCUCUGCGGGGCACCCGUCUUGCUGUGGGGUCCUGCCGCGUCGGCUGCGAAAGGCCACCGCAUGUCGUUUCGCUGGAUUGAACGACGCCAGGGUAGCGGCGCCGCUCGGGGCUCGACACUCGAGUGCGCCUCCCGUCGGCCCCCGCGCAGGAACGGCCCCGACUGGCGGCGCCCUGGCAAAAUUGCUGGCUGCCAGUCCGUUGCUCAAUUGGGAGGGACAAUGGCUGCCAAGACCAAAACGGCAGGGAAAGCUUUCAGGGUCGCGCUUGGUUGGUUCGCAACAGGCUGGGUGUGCUUUCUGGGACAAAAAACAAGGAAGUGGGCUUGUUACUGUUUUGAUGGAACAUUUGCUCCAAACCAAACUGUUUCUCGUGCCGUACAUAUUUGGUUUCUUGUUUUCUUUCCAACAUCUUUGCUGGUGCGAUUGAAAACUGUUUGGCAAGCUAAGUUUGUGAGCACUGUUUGCAGUUUGUUUAGCAGUUGCAAAAAAAAAAAAGUAAAAAUAUUUAUAAGCCAUCAAUAUCGAGGAAAUUUUGGUACCUCGUGCAACGAUUGUGAAACGGUGAUUACUAAUCGAUACGCGUACAACUGGUAGUCGCGGGUGGCCUUGUCAAAGCAUAAACCAAAAAAUCUCAUUCGAAAAGAAA